AUGGCCAAUCUCCGAGGAGUCCUAACCAACGUAUCUUCCUACUGUCAACGCUCCUUCUCUCAAUCGCAUCUCCUAUGUCGACCACCGAUCAAAACUCCGACCAAUCUCAAUCAAACCCAAUCCAGACACAUCUCAACAACACUUACAAAACAAGCAACCUCGAAACACAGCGGCACGGAGCAAGGCGUGAAACGAAACAGCGCAGAUCACAGACGUAGACUGCUCGCGGCGAGAUUCGAGCUCAGAAGGAAGCUCUACAAAGCGUUUUGCAAGGAUCCGGAGCUUCCUAGCGAAAUGAGAGAGAAGAAUCGUUAUAAGCUGUCGAAGUUACCGAGGAACAGUGCGUUUACGAGGAUAAGGAAUAGGUGUGUGUUUACUGGUCGGUCUAGGUCGGUUACGGAGCUGUUUCGGAUGUCGAGGAUUUGUUUUCGUGGGUUAGCGAAUAAAGGGGAGUUGAUGGGUGUUAAGAAAUCUUCUUGGUAA